AUGGUCAAGAAAGUGUUGCUAAUUAAUGGUCCCAAUCUCAACCUUUUGGGUACCAGAGAGCCCGAGAAAUACGGCACCACAUCCUUGAAAGAUAUAGAACAGGCCGGAAGAGACCAGGCAGAUCUGAAGAAAGAUGGCAGUGAACUCCAAGUUUUUCAAAGUAAUACUGAAGGAUUUAUUGUUGAUAGGAUACAUAAGGCAAAACAGGAUGGUGUGGGAUUCAUUGUUAUAAAUGCUGGGGCAUAUACUCAUACUUCUGUGGCCAUUCGAGAUGCCUUGCUUGGAACUGCUAUUCCGUUCAUUGAAGUUCACAUCACCAACGUCCACCAACGAGAACCUUUCAGGCACCAGUCUUACUUGAGUGACAAGGCAGUAGCGGUAGUUUGUGGUUUGGGGGUGUACGGGUACACCGCAUCCAUAGAGUAUGCACUCAACUACUAG